AUGGCCUGGGCUACUUCCAACCGGCACGGACCCGCACUCCUCAUGCACCAGCCAGCCGGUCACUGCCGCGGCCCCUACCUCUUCCAUGACACCGGACCCUACUACAGCUCCUACGGCAUCUUCGGCGUCUCCACCCACGGCGUCUUCGUCAGCAGCCCCAUUCGGCGGUCCACUGGGAUCGGGUGUACACGGCACUACUUGAACACAGGGCUUAUUUCAAAGCACUGCCGCAUCGUCGACAAUGGUCGCCAGUUUGCUUUACCGUUCACACCGGCAGACCCGACACUGACAGUGAUGCAUUUGUUAGUGCAUGCCGGCUACCAUCCUCACAGCGUGCAGUUCAAGUUCACGCAUGUCGAUUCACCUCAGCACCUACCCAACCGACCAGGCCGGCCUAUGCUGAUGAUCUCGCUUCCUUUUCCGGCCGCUGCACAACGCAUCGGUGGUGCGCCAGCUGUAGCGUACUUUGGACACAACGCUGAUCUUCAAGCGGCACUCAGCAUCCUCAAAGAGGGAUGCAUCCGACCGAGCAAUUUCGAGCCUCUAGACGCUUCGUGGUUGCCGAGCACAGCUUUUUAUUCUCGCGCUUCGGUCCACAGUCUCGGCGGAGCUCUUCGUGCCGCCGCAAGGUUCGGCGGCUGGGCGUCUUCUCGUACCAUCUGCGUAUUCGGACGAGUACCUAUCUGCUACCUCGACAUUGCCAACACCGCGCCUGCCAAUUCGCCAUCGUCAGUUCUUCCCAACACUCCUGCCGGAUAUCACUUGAAGAGCGACGCCGGGGGCACCAUCCCCGAGAACGCGGCGAACUACUUCGUCUCCAUCGUACACGGUAAUGACAACCGAUGGGGAGUGCAUUCGACCCUCGCACAACCAGAGGGCAUCGCCGUGUUUCUCUGA